AUCAAUAACCCCACUUACUAAAUUAGGCCAUUUAAAAAAAUGAUAAUAAAAUCCGUAUAUAAAAAAGAGAAGUGAGCCCUUUUUUUUUUCUUGUUUCUCUCAUCCUUUCUCUUUUUUUUACAUAAAUAUAUGACUGCUACAUCAUUCUAUCUUAACAACACAACUCCUAAGCGUGCCAUCUCACCAGUAGACAAGGCUAAUAUUCCAAGACCCUACAAAUGUCCUAUUUGUCCCAAGUCAUUCUAUCGUCUUGAACAUCAAACUCGCCAUAUUCGUACACACACAGGAGAAAAGCCUCAUCAAUGUACUUUCCCUGGCUGUGCUAAAAAGUUUUCACGUUCUGAUGAAUUAACUCGACAUGUUCGUAUUCAUACUUCACCUAACAAAAGACGUGUACGCAAACAACAACAACAACAACAGCAACCAAAGAAGGCUAUUCAACAACCUAUUAUGCUUGUAGCAAGAUCAAUGCCACCUUCUCCUGCACUCUCUACAAGUUCUAAUUUCUCUCAUCAUUCAGAUAAUGACGAUAUGAUAUUUACACCUGAUCAAAGUCCUACUUUAUCACCUCAUACCAUUUUAUCACCUAUUGGAUCUCCCAAGUUAUCUAUGUUAAAACUCGCACCUUUGGAAUGCAACCAUGAUCAUCCUGUGGUGUCUCGUCCAUUUUCAUCUCCCGCUACUCCUUCAAGUCUGUUGGAUCUAUUAGAUAGACCUCCUCAAGCUCGUGUCUUGCCUCCUAUUACUAUGUCUUUAAAGCCUUCAUCAUUACCUUCUAUUCAUUCUAUUGUUCAAUUUUAAUCGCAUUUCAUAUAUUCAUAUAGUUACACCAUUCGUUUUAUGUAGAAUUAUUUCCUUUUUCUUUUUAUUGUAUAGACAUCCCUCUCUCCCCUUUAUAUAUAUAUACGACUUCAAGAUUCACCCCACUCCCUCUUUUUUCUAUGUACAUAUAUAAAAUAAAAAAAUAUUGUAUUCAGCAGUGAUCCA